AAGUCAGUCAAAAGUCUCGUGUGAAUUACUGUAAAUUACAAUAUUAGCACAAAUUAAAAACACAUGUACAAUAAUAAUCAAGUGCAACACCACCAACAGUCUUUAUGUUGCUACCAAAACUGGCAGGCUCAACAGCAGCUAGACCUCGAUGAAUUACUCCAAGUACUCACCCAAUACCCAACCGAUAUCGGCUACCUCCAAAUCAUAAUCAAAAAAGCCAUUACUCACUUCGAAAACUACAAUAUGGUUCGAGCUCAUUUAGCCAAACAUGAUGGGCCUUCCUUUAUGGUUCCCUCAUGGGGAUCCACCUUUGAAAACUCAUUUCUUUGGAUAGGUGGUUGCAGGCCUUCCUUGAUCAUCCGGCUUGUUUACGCGUUAUGUGGGUCACAGCUAAAUGCGCACUUUGAUGAGUUUCUUGAAGGUGUUAGACAUGGAAACCUUGGAGAAAUUUCAAGCUCUCAGCUACAAAACAUAGAUGAUCUCCAUGCCAAAACUGUCAGAGAGGAAGAUAAGCUCUCCUCUCGUGUGGCAAGCCAACAGGAGAAGAUAGCAGAUGAGCCACUGGUUAGGCUAGCAAACGAUUAUCAAAAACGACAAAAAGUAGGGGAGUGUUCGAGCCAGGGUGGAGGAAGGAGACAAGUUGAGGUUGUGGACAAAGUAAUGGACGCCCAUGCCCUUGAUUUGUAUGAUGUCUUAAUAGAAGCAGAUAAGCUGAGGUUGGAUAUCCUCAAGGAUAUGAUAGAUAUUUUGACACCAUUACAGGCUGUAGAGCUCCUGGUGGCAGCUAAGAAAUUACACCUUUCUUUACAUGAGUGGAGCAAGACAAGAGAUAUCCGAAUGGGAGUCGUGACUCAGCUUCUCAAUACAAAUAUCCCAUCAUCCUCCAAUGGCCCACCAUCUGAGCCGUGCCUCUGAGCCGUGAGAGGCACGGCUCAGAUGCUGAAUGUGCCACAUGGUCGCAACAAUCCAUGUGCACGAAACUUGUUUUUUCUCUUUAUGGUGUUUAUGUUCUUUCUUCAUCCACCCCUACCCUACAAAUAGUACCCCUUAUACAGCUCGCAUCAGCCAAGACAUAGCACUGGACAUGCGAAUUGGUACUUAAACCUGCUUGUAUAAGAUUAGUUUGAAUAACUGGCGAUGCAUGUAGGCCAAGUUCAUAUAAAAUAAACUAUUAUUAAACAUAAA